UAUCAAGAUUGCAAUAACCUUUACGGGUGGGCUAUGAGUCAGCCCAUGCCGUACGGUGGCUUCCGGUGGUAUGAAGGAUCAGAUCCUCUGGCCGACCUCCAAUUGCUUUCGGACACUGGUAAUACGGGGCGUAUAUAUGAAGUAGAUGUAUCGUAUCCAGAAGGGCUGCAUGACGAGCACAACGACUUGCCGUUCUUGCCUGUCAACGAUGUACCACCGGGUUCCAAAGAGACCAAACUCAUGGCCACUUUGAAACCCAAACAGCGGUACGUCGUACAUUACGUUAAUCUUAAACAGGCGAUCGCACACGGACUGCGAGUCGAUAAAGUGCACCGCGUUUUAGAGUUUCAACAAAGUGCUUGGUUGAAACCGUACAUUGAGUUGAACACUGAAAUGCGGAAACAGGCGGCAAAUGCUUUUGAAAUAUCGUUUUUCAAAUUAAUGAAUAAUGCCGUCUUUGGGAAAACCAUGGAGAACAUGCGGAAACGCAUCCGCAUUGAACUAAUCUCCAGUCCCGAACGUCUAAGCAAGCUCGUAAACCAACCAACCUUCAACGACUGUAUUAAAUACGGCGAAAGGUUGUGCGCCGUCAUAAUGGACACAAAGAUUGUCAAGUUUCUCAAACCAAUAUACGUCGGUUUAGCAGUGCUUGACAUUAGCAAGUCGCUAAUGUACAAGUACUUCUACGACGUAUUAAAACCUCAUUAUGGCGACGCAAUUAGCCUGGUUUACAUGGAUACUGACUCCUUCAUAUACCUGCUCAGAGUCAGCGACUUCUACCAGGAUUUAGCCGACAGCCCCGAUUUACUGGUGUACGUGGACGCAUCUAGCCUGCCCAAGGAUCACCCUUGUUACUCGACCUCGAGGAAGAAGACGCCUGGUCUGUUUUCAGACGAGACCGGCGGCCUCACCCUCUUUGAGAUCGCUGCACUUCGUUCAAAGUGCUAUGCAUUUGACAUGGAAGGCAGCGAAUUCAUCAAGUCUAAGGGGAUCCGCGGACAUGUCGUCCGGAACCAUCUGUCUUUGGACGAUUACAAACGAUGUUUGUUUGAAGACGAUGGCGACGAUGGUGACGAUGCGUCAAAACGAGCGUUGGCCGGAGACAAUGCCCGUGUAGUCAUCGGAGCCGUACGUGAUGGUGAGAUUCCACCGACAUUAUCAUUACCGUACACUCCGUACCGACAGAACGUGUCAAUUCGUUCUUUCGAGCACGAGGUACGCACUUUACGUACAACCAAGUUGGCGCUUAACCGUUUCGACGAUAAGCGCUACACGCUCGACAACAGAGUUGACACGCUGGCUUACGGUCAUUAUGCCAUUCCAUCGGAAGAAAUUUAAGCAACAUUAGUUUUUAUAGUAAUAAUAAGAUUGUAAAACUCUUUAAAUAUCCAUAUUGAUAAAUGUAAAAUAUAUUGUAUGUUAAACCGUGUAAUUGAAUUUUAUGAUAAGGUUUUUGUAAAUAUAAGUGUUGUAUAUAAAUAUAUAGUUGUAAAUAUAGUUUUAAGAUUUUUUAAUGUAAUAUUUUAAUGAAUUGAAUUGUAAAUAAAUGUAAGUUAGAAUUGAUAUUAUAAUAAAUGCU